UCGGGUUUACCAUUACAGAUUCCUCGAAUCCCGGGAAACAUUCACACCAACGAAAACCUGAAUUGUUUUUUCGUAAAUGCCGGUUGAAUUUUCGGCGAUCAGGAGGGCGGAUGCUCUGACAGUCUGACUAAUACAGUGUUAAUUCCUUCCUGUAAUCAUAAUCUUUUCGCUAGCGACAACGUUGGUAAACGCAAGUGAAGCUCAUAAGUCGCUGGGCCCAGCUUCUUGUCUCUCAUGCCACCGUCUAGGUAAGCUAAAACCCGCGCGUAAAAACGCCUGAAACAGAUGACCCAACGGCCCCCCGUUUUGUUCUUGCCCAAUUCUGGUUAAAAAAUCUGGUGUCUUUUACUGUUGGGGAUUGGGUUUUAUUUCAGACUUUAGCUUUAUAACGAUUGGGGUUCUGGGGAAUUUCGGGGGUGUGGGUUUAUGGGCAUUGUUGGUGUAACUCAAUUUUCAUUCAAAAAUUUCGUGUCUUUAGCUAUUAUUUUUGGUUCUCAGAAUUGGGUAUUGGGAAAGAUUGGACCUUGUGUGAUUGUUAGGGUCAUGUGGUUUAUAGGCAUUGUGUAGGGGUUUUUGGGUGAUUGAAUCAUGCAGCUCGGUGAAGAAGGCGGUGGUUGUGGCGGUGGCGCUGGCGGUGAUGUUGAGAAGCAGAGGUGCAAAAGGGCUAAUUCAACAAUAGGGUGGAGGUGCAAAGAUAACGCCUUGGACGGUGGUGUUUACUGUGAAAAACACUUGAUAUGGCAUCGCAAAGUAGCUGCCAAAUGGAGGAUGUCCAGGAAUCGUAAUUCCACUUCCGGCGCGGCGGUUUCCGGUGGUCGGAGUUCUAGUACGGCGUCUCACGGUGACGGCUCCGAAACGGAAGUUAGGCAUCCGCAGAAACGGAAGCAUGACGGAGUUUUGGGUUCUGAGAAUUUGAAUGUGGGAGUUAAGAAGAGGAAUUUGGGUAAUCUUGAAGGGAUUGCCCUUAACCACCAAGGAGGGCUGGAGGAGGGUUUGGAGGACAAUAAGAAAAAUGCUGUCAUUGACGAAACCGGGGAAAUUUUAGUGCAAUUUGUUGAUGAUUUUUGUGGUAAUGGAAUUGGAGGUGUAAAAAUGGAUGAGGGUGAAAGGGUUCAUCUUGAAGCUAGUUCCAAUGGAGGGGUUAUUGAAACGAAGGACGAGGAUCAAUUGAAUGUUCUUGUUGUUGAAGGUCAUGACAAGUCAUUUGUGAGUCAAUCUACUGAUACUUUAUGCAGGAAGAGGAGGGGCAGACCGAAAGGUUCAAAGAAUAAGAAGAAACAAGAUGUAGGUGAUGUAAGCAGAGAUGUGAUAAAAAGAGGGAGGGGCAGACCUAAGGGUUCAAAGAAUAAGAAGAAAACCAUUGUAGGUGAUGAAUCUGGGAAGUUGCUCUUGUUGGACAGCCAAUAUGGUGGUAAUGAAGGUGGUGGUAUGACUGUUGAAAAGAAGAACGAAUAUGAAUCAGUGGCUGUUAUUGUAACUGGAGAGGAUGGGGGAGCCCUUAAUGAAGUUGCUAAUGGUAAUGGAGAUGGGAUAAUCGAUGAGAAGGAUGACCAUGAUUGGCCCAAUGAUCUAAGUAGCAAGAAAGUUUUUGCCAAUCCAGGAAAGAAAAUCGAGCAAGAGAACAUGGCAAUUGAUAAUGCAAAAGACGGGGGAACUAAAUGUGAUGUUGGGGAUGAGGCUAUAAAGUGGAAGAAUGGAAAUGAGUGGCCAAAGAUCAAGAAACGUGGUCGUGGGCGACCCAAGGGUUCAAAAGGUAAGAAAACUCUGGCAGCUGAGAUUGGUUGGAGAAAAAUCGUAAAUGAAAACCUCAGGCAGAAGAAAGGCCGGGGCAGGCCCAAGGGCUCCAAGAAGCGACUCCAACUGAUUGCUACUAGUGAAGGCACCAAUGUAGACUCUGGACUGUCCUUAGCUGAACCAGGCUGUGUUCAUGAAUUGGAUCAAACAGACCCAACAACCUCUGCCAUUGUGUUUGGAACAUCUGCUUACAGUAUGGAGGACAACCUUGGUGAGAACAAACAAAGAAAUAACCGGACUUCACCCAGAAUAUCCUUGCAGGAUGCUAUCAGUUGGAAGGAUUAUGGGGGUCUAAUGUGCCAUCAAUGCUUGAAAAACAAUAAAGUUGACAUCAUCAUCUGCACAAAAUGCAAAAAGAAACGCUACUGCUUUGAAUGCAUUGCAAAGUGGUACCCAGAGAGAACAAACCAAGAAAUCGAGAAUUCCUGCCCGUUUUGUUGUGGCAAUUGCAAUUGCACAACUUGCCUUCAAGGGGAUAUACGAGCACAGGCUCGCAAAGAGGAAGUUGAUAAAGAAGUGCAUUUGCAAAGGUCUCGGUAUUUGCUGUUAAAUAUUCUGCCACUUCUCAGGCAUAUUCAAGAAGAGCAAAGGGCUGAGCUAGAUGUUGAAGCCAGAAUACGUGGUGUCCAAUUGACAGAGGAAGAUAUAACAAAGUCCAUAGUUGAUGAGGAUGACCGAGUUUACUGUGACAACUGCAAUACGUCCAUUGUCAAUUUCCACAGAAACUGCCCAAAUCCCGAUUGUGCUUAUGAUAUUUGUCUCAAUUGCUGCCGGGAACUAAGAUGUGGGUUUCCACCGGGACUUACUGAAGCUCAAUCGAAGUCUGUUGAAAGACCAAAUGAUCAUAAUGCGGUUCUAAAUAAAAAGACAUCUUCAGAUGUUGGGGAAAGGCCCGAUGCUCUCUCGGGGAAACAUGACACGUCUUCCCGAUUUUGCCCUUGGAAAGCAAAAGCCGACGGUGGCAUACCUUGUCCUCCUAAGGAGUGUGGCGGUUGUGGUUCUUCCAUGCUAGCACUACGGUGCAUAUUUGAACCUAAUUGGGUGAAUGAACUAAUCAAAGGUGCGGAGGAACUUACUUCCAAUUGUCAGUUACCCGAAAUUGAUUUCUCGCAACCUUGUCCAAUGUGCCUUACCGUCACUUCCGUGGGAAAGGGCGAUAAUAAGCAUAAUGUAAGGCGAGCAGCUUUUAGGGAGAACGGGCAGGAUAAUUUGCUGUAUUGUCCUAACGCUAUUGACUUGCCGGACCAAGAGUUUAUGCAUUUUCAAAGGCAUUGGAGAAGAGGUGAACCCGUUAUUGUGAGAAACGCGCAAGCCACGGCCUCUGGCCUCAGCUGGGAGCCAAUGGUAAUGUGGCGAGCUUUCAGAAACGCAACGAAAAAGUUGAGUGAAGAGAGUUUCUCCGUAAAGGCAAUUGACUGCUUAGAUUGGUGUCAGGUCGAGAUAAAUAUUCACCAGUUCUUCAGGGGAUACUUAGAAGGACGCAAGCAUCGUAACGGGUGGCCAGAAAUGUUAAAGUUGAAGGAUUGGCCGCCAACUAAUUUAUUCGAAGAAUGUUUGCCAAGACACGAUGCUGAAUUCAUUUCCAUGCUUCCCUUCCGGGAUUACACCAACCCUAGAUCGGGUUCUCUGAAUCUCGCUACUAAGCUUCCCGAUGGAUCCUUGAAGCCGGAUUUGGGUCCUAAAACUUACAUCGCUUAUGGAUCAGAAGAAGAACUUGGACGAGGCGAUUCUGUGUCUAAGCUGCACUGUGACAUCUCCGAUGCGGUCAAUAUACUGACACACACUACUAAAGUAGACUUCACUUCACGGCAAAGAAGAAGAAUUGAGAAAUUAAGGAAGCAGUUCGAAAUCGAAGAUUUGAAAGAGCUUUAUGGCAGUGAAAAUCAAAAGCAUAUGGAGUCCGAAACAUCUGACAUCAAAUAUAGUGGCGGGGGAAAAUUUGAUGAUAAAAAUUCUUGCUCGUUAGAAAAUGGAAACAGCGAGAAGGAAGUUGAAGACCUAGAGCGGCUUCCCGGGAUACAUUCUGAUUCUGGUACCGAUUGCUCAGCUCUUCCAGAACCAGACAUCACAUUAACCGAACAUCUUCUUGAAAGCAGUCAAGGUUGUCUGGAUGUUGUACAAGGUGGUGCUUUAUGGGACAUCUUUCGUCGAGAGGAUGUGCCUAAGUUAACAGAAUAUUUGCAGAAGCAUUGGAAGGAAUUUCGCCAUAUUAACAACGUUCCUGUGAAUUCUGUCGCUCAUCCUAUUCACGACCAGACAUUUUAUCUGAACGAGAAGCACAAGAAACAGCUGAAGGAUGAAUUCGAUGUUGAGCCUUGGACAUUUGAACAAUACUUGGGCGAGGCGGUCUUCAUUCCUGCGGGAUGUCCACAUCAAGUUCGAAAUAGAAAGUCCUGCAUUAAAGUUGCGGUCGACUUUGUAUCCCCCGAAAACGUUCAAGAGUGCAUCCGGUUGACCGAGGAGUUUCGCGUUCUUCCCAAAUCCCACAGGUCUAAGCAAGAUAUAUUGGAGGUAAAGAAGUUGGCGCUUUAUGCCGCUAGCGUUGCUGUUGAUGAGGCGAGGAAUCUAUUGAUGGAACUACCGUCAAGAGAAGAAGAUGAACAUGUUGAAGAAGCUUUGCUUAAUCCAAGCUUUUCCUGUUGAGAAUAUACAUUUUUUGUUUACCAUUGCUACAUAGUAUAUGCAGUAAUUCUCAGAGUUACAGACUUAUAGAAGUCUUUCCAUUCUGGGAAUAUUAUGUUGUAUAUCAAAAACAUGAUUAAUUUGUCCCUGAACUCUAGAAGUAGUUAUGGUAGUUUUUUUUUUUUCUGGUUACCAUUGUUUAAUAUGGUUAUGAUAUGAUGUGAGCCCUUAGUAUAAAUAGAAAAUUGAUUGAUAUUUUUCUUCAUUAUCUAUAAUGUUAAAAAAAAUUAUUUA